AUGAUUGAACAACUUCAUUUCAAGUGUAUUAUAACUGGUCCUUCUUUUGUUGGUAAGAGUGCACUACUACUACAAUACUGUGAGAAUGAGUUCUCCAACUCAUUGGACUCAACAAUUGGUUGUGAGUUCCAGGUCAAACAUGUUGAAAUCGAUACCACUCACAGAGUGAAGCUGGAAAUAUGGGAUACAGCAGGACAAGAAUCAUUCAGAGCAAUUACAAAUAAUUAUUAUCGUGGUGCACAUGUGGCGUUGUUGGUCUAUGAUAUAUCGAUGCGACAGACAUUCCAAACGAUUAGAUAUUGGCUGGAAGAGAUCAGGAAUAUGUCAGGUGAGGAUACAGCUAUAGUGUUGGUUGGUAACAAAUGUGAUUGUGCCGAUCAGAAAAGAAUGGUCACGAUGGAGGAGGCUCAGAUGUUUGCCAAAGAGCAUUCAAUACCAUUCUUUGAGACGAGUGCCAAGGACAACACAAACGUGGAGCAGGCAUUCACCUGCGCAGUUCGUCAAGUGAUCCAAUGGAUAAACGAAGGAAAGUUGGUCGUUGUAAACAAAAGACCUCAAUCACUAAUUCCACCUGAGAAGGAUAGUUCCACUGAUGGAGCUGGAAAGAAGUGUUGUAAAUAG